AUGGCAGUCUCUGCCGGCGGUCAGAUAAUGCUCUCCUCCAACGUCCAGUUACGUGGACCAACAGGGCUGGGUUGUAGGAACUGGAGGCUUGUGAAGUUUUGUGAUGGAGAAAUCAUGGGAAGAAAGCUUGAACUACAACGUGGUAGUGGUGUCACUAAGAAUGUUAAGAAGCAGCAUAUAUCCAUGUCCCUCACUGCUGAUGUGACCAGCCAAUCUAAGUUGAGAGACCUAGACUUGGAGAAAAGGGACGCAAGGACAGUUGUGGCAAUUAUACUAGGUGGUGGAGCUGGAACCCGUCUCUUCCCUCUCACUAAGCGGCGUGCCAAACCUGCUGUACCUAUUGGAGGUGCUUACAGGCUAAUUGAUGUGCCAAUGAGCAACUGCAUCAAUAGUGGCAUCAACAAGGUGUAUAUUCUCACUCAGUUUAAUUCAGCCUCACUCAACAGGCAUAUCUCACGAGCUUACAAUUCUGGUACUGGAGUCACCUUUGGAGAUGGCUAUGUUGAGGUUCUUGCAGCAACUCAAACUCCAGGAGAGCAAGGUAAAAACUGGUUUCAGGGUACCGCUGAUGCUGUGAGACAGUUCCACUGGCUCUUUGAGGACGCUAGAAGCAAGGAUAUUGAGGAUGUUUUGAUUCUUUCUGGGGAUCACCUAUACCGCAUGGACUAUAUGGACUUUGUUCAAAAUCAUAGGGAGAGUGGGGCAGAUAUCACACUUUCUUGUCUGCCAAUGGAUGACAGCCGUGCCUCAGAUUUUGGUCUGAUGAAGAUAGACAAUAAAGGAAGGGUCCUUUCAUUCAGUGAAAAGCCCAAAGGAGCAGACCUGAAAGCAAUGCAAGUUGAUACAACAGUUCUGGGUCUUUCAAAAGACGAGGCUAUAAAGAAACCAUAUAUUGCUUCCAUGGGAGUAUACGUCUUCAAGAAGGAGAUACUUCUUAAUCUAUUAAGAUGGCGCUUUCCAACUGCAAAUGACUUUGGAUCAGAGGUCAUUCCUGCCUCAGCUGCAGAAUUUUACAUGAAGGCUUAUCUCUUCAAUGAUUACUGGGAGGACAUAGGAACCAUCCGAUCAUUCUUUGAGGCAAAUCUAGCUCUCACAGAGCAUCCAUCCAAGUUUAGCUUCUAUGAUGCAGCGAAACCCAUGUAUACAUCAAGGAGAAACUUACCACCAUCCAAGAUUGACAAUAGCAAGAUUGUUGAUUCAAUCAUAGCACAUGGAAGCUUCUUGAAUAAUGCCUUCAUUGAGCACAGUGUAGUUGGAAUCAGAUCCAGAAUAAACUCAAACGUUCAUUUAAAGGACACAGUGAUGCUUGGUGCUGAUUUCUAUGAAACUGAAACAGAAGCAGCAGCACUGUUAGCUGAGGGAGGAGUUCCAGUAGGAAUAGGAGAAAAUACAAAAAUCAGAGAGUGUAUCAUUGACAAAAAUGCUAGAAUCGGAAAGAAUGUGAUAAUAGCCAAUUCAGAGGGCAUAAAAGAGGCUGAUAGAUCUUCUGAAGGGUUUUACAUCCGUUCUGGUGUUACAGUUGUAUUGAAAAACUCAGUAAUUAAAGACGGACUCGUCAUAUGAUUGAAGUCAUCCAUCACUUUGGCCCAUUUUUCCAUGGAUUCAGGAUUGGAAUCUUUUGGGUUUUAUGAGUAAUAAUUAAAUUAAAAAAAAAAACAAUGGCAAAGUGCUGUCCACAUGAACAAUUUAUAGAGAUAGAUUCAGCAGGUCUUACAUCUUGAUAUUCCAAUGCCGCACAGCUUUUCUGAACCUGUAAUUGUAUCUCAUAAUCAUUAAUUCAAUUAAUCUUUUUUACACUCUAAAACAUACUUUGUUAUUUAUA